AUGGAAUUGGAAGCCUUAAUCGGAAAGAUAUUUUCCAUAUUUGGGUUUCUGACAUUCGUACAGAGCUAUCUUCCCCCACAGGUACGUCAAAUCGUGAGGCAAUGGGUGAUGCGCAUUUUUGACUGCCUAAAUCUGUGUUGUUGCGUGAGCCUCCCAGAAUUCAAAGGAAAGCACGGAAUGAACAAGAACGAGUUGUACACGGACGCGGAAGAGUACGUGAAAAAUCUGGAAAGCGCGUCGGAAGCUCGCAAUCUAACGGCGUAUCGAGGCGUGAAUGCGAGCGAGUUGGGCAUCUCUCCCGACACAGACCAACUCAUCCACGACUCAUUCCGCGGAGUUAGAAUGUGCUGGACCCAACACACCAUCCAGAAAAUGGUGGACAAAGAAACCGUUGAAAGACACGCCUAUACUCUCAAAAUGAACAAACUAGACCAGAACCUCCUCAAGGCCUAUUUGCACCACAUAUCCGAAAAGGCGGCGGACCAUAAACUGGGCAAAAGGGAACUCAAAUUAUAUACCAACAGCGGAUUUUGCGCUUUGAACGGACAAGGAUGGAAUAGCAUGCCUUUCAAGCACCCCUCCACUUUCCACACGCUCGCACUUGAUCCAUCCAUAAAGCAAACAAUUAUCAAUGAUCUUGACCGAUUUAAGGCCGGAAAAGAUUUCUUCCGACAGAUCGGCCGUGCUUGGAAGCGAGGUUACCUUCUUCACGGCCCUCCCGGGACGGGAAAGUCCAGCUUAAUCGCCGCCGUGGCAAACUACAUGAAAUAUCAUAUCUACGAUCUUGAACUCACUAAGGUCUCUCAUAACCAGGAGCUCCGUGCCCUUCUUACGCAGACCAGUGAAAAGGCCAUUAUUGUUAUCGAGGAUAUUGACUGCUCACUUGAUCUAACGGAUAGAACUUCCAAGAAGGCCACAAAAAGCAAGCUGCGGAGUCAAGUUACUCUUUCUGGUUUGCUCAAUUUUACUGAUGGAUUGUGGUCUUGCUGCGGUGAGGAGCGUAUUAUUAUCUUUACUACAAACCACCCUGAACAUCUCGAUCCUGCUCUUCUUAGAUGUGGGAGAAUGGAUGUUCACAUUGAGCUCUCUUACUGCAACUUCGCUGUUUUUAAUAUUCUUGCUUCCAAUUAUUUGAGAAUUGAAGCUCACGAACUUUAUCCUUUGGUGGAGAAGAAGAUCGCUUCCGGGGCCGAGAUGACUCCUGCUGAAAUUAUAGAAAUUCUGAUGAGUAAACUGGACACUCCUGACGAAGCAUUGAGCAAUGUGAUUAAUGCCCUGGAUGCCAAGAUUAAGGAAAAACAGGCUUAA